UUUCCUCUGCUCUUGCAAACCCUAAACUUUCUGGGUGGCGCAAAGUAAAAACUGAAGCCUCUCUUCACUGAAGCCUGAAGGGCCCUGGGCCAUGGCCAUCUUCUACUCUGAGUUCCUAUUGUUCAAGAGCCUGUGAUCUGCAACUUGCAGGACCCCUCCACGUUUAGGGAGCAGCAUCUUGAAAGCGUCUGUGCAUGGCGUCUCGCUCGAUGGUUGGGCUCAUGCAGAGCUCCAACCUGCUUAAGCUACUUUGGAGGCCAGGUAUGGCUGCUCUUCAACAGGGGUCCUGCCUACCGUCGCUCCAUUCCUUCAGUAGUGUCACAAGUUUGCGGACUUGCACCGCUCUCAACUCCCCCAGUCAAAGCUUCUUUCCACUCCAACCUUCCCUUACGACAAGCGCAACUCAUUUACCCCAUCAUAGAGUAGCUCGCAGCCAGCCAGAGUCAGGAUCAGUAGUCGCCUCAUGUCAACCUUUGAGACUUCAAAGAAGUUUUGGUAUCGCAGCAUUGGGGCGGGCUUCUGUGACGUCCAUGAGUGGCAUGGGGGAAAGCUUGAGCCAUGACACUCCUGGACAACCUGAGAAUCCUCGUGCGGCGCUCCUGAUCAUAGGCAAUGAGAUCUUGACGGGGAAGAUCCAGGACACAAACACAGCAACAUUAGCCAAGCUUCUCUUUAGCCGCGGCGUUGACCUUGUGCGAGUCGAAGUAGUCCCUGACAUUGAAGAGGACAUCGUCGAGUCGAUCCACGGACUGUGGAAGCGUGUCGGAGGCCAGGACCGGGGCUUUAUCUUUACCAGCGGCGGCAUCGGGCCGACGCACGAUGACGUCACCUAUGCGGCAGUUGCGAAGGCGUGCAGUACGGACUUGUCUCUUCACCAGGCCACAGUCGAGAAAAUGCGCACACACUACGAAGCGCUAGGAAAGGUGCUCAACGAGGCGCGGCUACGGAUGGCCACGCUACCAACGGGUUGCGAGGUGCUGUAUACCCCCGGACGCUGGGUGCCCCUGGCGGUGGUGAAGAACGUGUACGUCCUCCCGGGCAUCCCGCGACUGUUCAACGCCAUGAUUGAUGCCGCCAAGGAGCGGUUUACGGGGGCGCUCUACAGCCGACGGAAUCUGUUCACCAAGCAGGGCGAAGGCGACCUGGCGGAGGCACUCUCCCAGGUGGCCAAGGACUUCCCCGGGGUUGCGAUCGGGAGCUACCCGGCCACGGAACCGUCCGCUCCGUACACGACCAAGUUGAGCUUUGAGAGCCGAGACGAAAGCCUUGUCGCAGCGGCAGUCUCGGCAGCUGAGGCGCAUAUAGCUUUCUUGAGCGACGAUAUAGUUGAAUCCUCACGGUCCUGAAGGUCCACAACAUUUUGAUUUCAGGACUUAAGGUGCAGUCAGCGGGUUGUAUAGAUUGUCGGAAGGUAGAUGUGCAUUGUGUUCACAUGACAAAAUUCGGCACAACUUGUCACCGUGAACGUAUCCAAACAUCAGAAACGUACAAAGCACACCAUUAGUAGAAGCACGCGCAUGAAAUCCGUCCUGCAAGAAACUACUGCUUGGAUGCCGCCGUCACAGACCUGAGCAAUCAAUUGGUAAUUCUGCUAGGGGCAUCCUCAUUGAAUUCGAGAUCGGCCUGCGAAGAAUGAGAUUGAAUCGAGAUCGACGUACCGCGGGCGCACUGCCGGACCUAGCGAGACAAAAAGCAAUUGGAUACUUGAAAAAGGACGGUCAUUUUCUACGGCACGGUAGCAAUGCCAUGAGUAUGUGCUAAACGAGCUGACCUGAG